CAGAAGGUUUGUUGGUUGCUAGCAAUAGCAUGCGCAAUUCAUAAAUCGCAGGUUACGCGUCUGUUGAAGGUUUCAACCAUUUCGGAUGAAAUCAUCUUCUUAUUUCUCUCAAAUAAGGGCUGAGAAGAGAGAUUCAGGAAGAGAAGUCCAGAAUAGAUGGAAAAGAAAAAUCCCCGCAGAAAUUUAUGAAGAAACAAUAGAGCAGAGCAGUCGUAAUGGAAAAAAGACAGACACAACAAUGUGAAUUCGCCUCGCGUAUCUCCUGCAAAUCGUUUAUUAGAUUACCAUCUCUCGUACCCAAUUCCUCUAUGUUCAUUCGCUCUCUCCUUGAAAAGCUACAGCUCUCUGCAUCUCCUGCUUUUUCUUCUCUUUCACUCCAUCAACAAUAAUCAGGGUGCAGGAACAAGAUCUUUGGAUUCCGAUAGACGGCGAAAAUGAUGACUAUAGAGAGAACGUUAGAUGGGUCUGUAUUAGAAGACAUCAUUUGGAGACUUCUCGAAGGCAGAAAAGGGAAACAGGUUCAGUUAUCAGAGGGUGAGAUCCGGCAGCUCUGUGUCAACGCCAGAAACCUCUUCCUCUCUCAGCCUAAUCUCCUUCAGAUCCAUGCUCCCAUCAAGAUCUGUGGUGAUAUACAUGGGCAAUACCAAGACCUUUUGAGGCUCUUUGAUUGUGGUGGAUUUCCUCCUUCUUCAACCUACCUUUUUCUUGGGGAUUAUGUUGAUAGAGGAAAGAAAAGCUUGGAGACAAUAUGUUUACUUUUGGCCUAUAAAAUAAGGUAUCCUGACAAAAUCUUUCUUUUGAGGGGAAACCAUGAAGAUGCGAAAAUCAAUAGGAUUUAUGGGUUCUAUGAUGAGUGUAAACGGAGGUUUAAUGUUCGGCUUUGGAAGACAUUUACCGAUUGCUUUAAUUGUUUGCCUGUGGCUGCACUCAUUGAUGAAAAGAUUCUCUGCAUGCAUGGAGGUCUUUCUCCAGAAUUAAGUAAUGUCAAUCAAAUAAAUGACCUCCCAAGACCUAUAGAGAUCCCGGAUAAUGGUCUCCUUUGUGAUUUGCUUUGGUCGGAUCCUGAUGCCAAAAUCGAGGGUUGGGGGGAAAGUGAUAGAGGCGUCUCAUAUACCUUUGGACCGGAUAGGGUUGAUGAAUUUUUAGAGAAGAAUGAUCUUGACCUCAUAUGCCGAGCCCAUCAGGUAGUAGAGGAUGGGUAUGAAUUUUUUGCUAAGCAGAGAUUAGUCACCAUAUUCUCAGCUCCAAAUUAUGGCGGGGAAUUUGAUAAUGCAGGUGCUUUAUUGAGUGUUGAUGAAGAACUGACAUGUUCUUUUGAGAUAUUGAAACCACUUGAUAAUAAACCAGAACCAGGUGGUUCUAAUACAUCAGGGUUGAAUAUUCAUAAGGUACCCAAAGGUGGUAAGGUUUGAGAUAUGAUAUAUCCCACACCUUUUGGGAUCCCCUUCAAUUCACAUUGGAUAGGGAGGUAGGAGUUUGAUAUUGAGGGCUUCGUUUUCAGAAGCUUAAUUAUUCUUAGUAGAUUUUUUGGUCUGAACACCUUGUUACCCAUCCUGCGGCAAUCAGAAUCUAUAACGAGAUUGAAGCUUGCAAGUAGUCCAAGUGCACUGGGAGGUUCAUACAGUCUGUAAAUUAACCAUGGAGAGAGCCCUAUGUACAGGAACUGAGAGUUUUAAUAGUUCUACCAUUAAAAGAGAGUAAUGGUAGAACAAAUCAUAUUAACUCUUGGCCCUUUCAUCAGCCUAGAUCUGGCUAUUAUCGUCCAACUUGCUGCUGCGAGUUCAGAUAUGAUGUCAGUUUCUGCUUGGUCAUUUAGUUUCAGAAGCAUGCAUGGUAACCUGAUGUUCUCUUUUCCCAUCUUGAUUUGGGUUCUUUUGUUUGUAGUCUGGGUGUCGAGGUUUCUGUGAACCCGUCUGUAAUUGGAGUUGUAAUUGUAGUUGAUUGUAUGUCAUGUCAUUCCAGAAUCUCUUGUUAAUAAAC